AUGAAGCUGAGAUGUGAAUCUUUGGAAUCCAAAGAAACCCUGAAGUUCGAUUCUUGCACGGCACCCACCGUUCAAGACUCGGGGAUUAUGCUGGAACAUCUUGUGAAUGUUUUAUGGGUCAUCACCGGUGAUGUUGGGUGGGGUUUGUGUUGUGUUUGUUUGGAUAAACGUAAAUCUGCUAGGCUUUUAGAUUUCAUGUUGGGAAGUUGUGAAUCCAAGGAAAUGAAGGUUUUGAAAUGUGGGAGACAGUGA